GCCGCCGCGAGGAGCCGCCGCAGGCCGCUGGGCCCCGCCGCCGGGCCGCUCGACGACGACGCUCCCGCGGGGGCCCCGCCUGAGCAGGACGCGGCCGCGGCGGCUGCGAGGCCGCGGGAGGCCGCGGAGGAUGGAGGAGCGGAAGGAGGAGGGCGAGGCCGAGAUCCAGGAGCACGGGCCCGAGCACUGGUUCUCCAAGUGGGAGCGGCAGUGCCUGGCCGAGGCCGAGCAGGACGAGCAGUUGCCCCCUGAGCUGCAGGAGGAGGCGGCGGCCGCCGCGCAGCCCGAGCACAAGCAGCAGAAGCUGUGGCACCUCUUCCAGAACUCGGCCACCGCCGUGGCCCAGCUCUACAAAGACCGAGUGUGUCAGCAGCCAGGACUUUCUCUUUGGGUUCCCUUCCAAAAUGCAGCCACUGCCGUCACCAACCUUUACAAAGAAAGCGUGGAUACCCAUCAGCGAAGUUUUGAUAUUGGAAUUCAGAUUGGCUAUCAGCGACGCAAUAAGGAUGUGUUGGCUUGGGUUAAAAAGCGCAGAAGAACUAUUCGUAGAGAAGAUUUGAUCAGCUUCCUGUGUGGAAAAGUUCCUCCACCGCGAAACUCUAGAGCUCCCCCAAGACUGACUGUAGUGUCCCCUAACCGAGCUACUUCAACGGAAACUAGCUCAUCUGUAGAGACUGAUUUGCAACCCUUCCGGGAAGCCAUAGCUCUGCAUGGUCUUAGUGGUGCAAUGGCUAGUAUAAGCGUGCGUUCGAGUACCCCAGGCUCUCCUACACAUGUAAGCAGUGGAUCGAAUGCUAGUCGAAGGAGAAAUGGACUCCAUGAUGUCGAUUUGAACACUUUCAUAUCAGAAGAAAUGGCACUCCACUUGGACAAUGGUGGAACUAGAAAGCGUACCUCAGCCCAGUGUGGCGAUGUCAUUACAGACUCACCAACCCAUAAACGCAACAGAAUGAUCUAAACUGCAAACAUUUUCACACCCACCAUGCUGCUUGAAAGCCACUUGAUCCUCAACAUAUACUAUUAUUGCAAAGGAAACAUGAGGCCAUCUUCCCUUGUUCACUGUUUAAGACAAGUGAAUUCUAUAGUGGUUGCCAUAAAAGGAAGUUCUAGGUAUUUACAGUAGAUGCCUCUUGUAACUAUGGCUUUCUUAAAACUAUAGUCCUAGCAGAGGACAUCAGAUAUCGUGUAGUCGUUAGCAAGAUCAUCAUAGGCAAACAUAUAUCCGUUUCAAGGCUAAAAGUGACCUUAACUGUAUUUAUUCUCAAAGGGAAAGGAAGUAUCAGAUGUUUAUUUGGUUAUAGAACGCUUUUUUGGGUGGGGGGCUCCAUUUCCUGUGUGUUGAGUAUUUUGCUUCAACAGUAUUGCCAGGUUCCUAAAAUUGUCUAAAACACGUGAUUUGGCUUCCUUGUCAAAUCGCCAGGCUUCCAUUUUUGCAGCAGCACUGUACCAUGCACCUGGUUUCUCUCUAGUAACAGUGUGCAACUUCUGAUUAUUGAACUGUGCCCUAUUUUUAGUUUUCAAAGCAGUUUCUAAUUCUGGUGAUUGUGUGAUGUAAAGAGGUGCUAUGAUGGUCAUGCAAUUAAUACUUAAUAUCAAAUCAAUACACAACUUUAUUGGAUUCACUUUGUGUGUGUUAGUGCUCUAAAAGUAGCAAUAUUAUUAAAUUGCCCCCAGAUUAACCUUGUAGGAUUGAAAUACUCAUUUUUAAGACAAGUACUACUUCCCAUGCAGGGUACUGUCCUUAUGGUAAAUGUAAACAUGUAGACUGCAUUCAUGAUGACCUAAAGUAGAGAGGUCAUGAACUUCAUGGGCUUCCUUUUUGGUUCAGUAUUAGUGAGAGCGAGAUGGAUGGUGGGAGGGUAGGUAUUCUAGUCUGUUAUAUUCUGUUUAACAUUUUUCAUGAAUGUUCUACUUUGUGCAGUUUCCAUUGGAAUGGGUGGAAGAUAAAGGUCUUUUAUCUGCUAAUAAUGUGAUCACACCUUAAAUAGCAAAACCCAACUCUCCAAUCCCUCUCCUAUAAAGUGCAGUUUGGAAUCUCAUUCUGGAAAAGAUGGAAUCGCAUGGAGGUUCUCUAGAUGUUAGGUAGACUUAAAUAAAAGUUCUCAAUAGAUUCCUCUUUUGAGUAAACAUAAGACCUCUUGUACCUACAAUGUUUUAGAGCAUGUUUCAUCUUCAUUUUUAAUAUCUUGAACUGAAUGGUAGUCUUUUUUUAGAUGAAGAACUGAUGUCAGCCUGCCAGGUACUGUAAUUUAUUCUAUCAUAUUAUUAUAAAUGUAUCAAGUAGGACAGUGAAAAUGUUUCCUUGCAAACUUGUAGCUCAGUAUCAGUUACUUUGUUUUUAUCCUUAAAAGACCAUUACAAAUCAGUGUAAGGGUUUUUCCAGUAAUUACUCACAGCACUUUGUUAAAGUUUGCAAUUUCUUCAGCCAUUUAAUAAUCUUUCUGUGAAGAAACUUUGCUAAGUUAACCAUAAUAUUCAUUGGGUGGGAUGUGAAUGUAAUGUGUGAACUGAAGAAGUUCUGUAUUCACUAUAGAUACAGCCCUUAUUUAAAAAAAAGUAAAUUCCAUACUAAACCUAGGAAUGAAAGUGAGGCAUUUCUAAAUUUUUGCAAAAGUGGAUCAUUUUUUUUGUUUGAAUAUGAUAGGAAGAAUUAUAGCAAUGUAUCAUUUUACCGGAAACGGGUGAGCCUAUGUAUUAUGAAUACUUUCAGGCUUCCCUUUGGAAUAUAUCAAGAAAUGAAUCUGGAGUUAUCUUUGUUUUUGUAUCGUAAAUUUAGAUUCUGGAAUUGGGUUUGGUGGUGUGAAGCAUUGCUCACAAGCAGCCAGAACUCCUCUUCCUAAAGGAUUUUGAGGCUGAGGAACACAUAUUUAAUCUCCCCUUUAUGCCUUGGUUCUAGUUCCUCUUUCCAAGUUAGUAACAACAAAAAAAUUUUUUUUGGUGGUUUUUGUUUUAGUUGGUGCUCUGAAGCUUAAUCUCAAUACCCUUUACUCUCGAUUGUCAAAUUUUGAUAAAACAUGUGCCAUUUUCUUUGGUAAGAGAAAGCAGGUCUUCAUGUCUGCCAGAACACAAUUUAUAUAUCUUAUUGGCUCCAUUAAACUUUUUGAAAACUUUAGCAUUUGUUACUUUUUUCCAUUGCAUUUAAUUCUAAAUGCUCUGUCACCCAGCAGUAACUCUUCCCCCCAUCUCCGUCCCGUUGCUCUCCUGUGCCACCCGAGCACAGAAUAAACCAAGACCUAGGAGUAGAAAGGGAAAUGAUUUCUCUUAGGAAAACUUAGUUCUGACUGCUAGAUUUUUGCAGCCUUUCUUUGUGCCAUUUUAGAUGCAAAACAAAUCAUGGAAGAUUGCAUAUUUGUGUGAUACUUUUUAAUGUUGGUUUUUUUUUUUUUUUUUUCCUUCAGUCUUUUGAGAACAGUGUAGGCUGACAGUUUACUUUGGGGGAACAGAACCUCUUUUCAUCUUAAGCUAGAUUCUCUGAUUCUUUUAGACGU